GCCCAAAGACAGCCGAACGAACGUUGCUGAGAAAGCAAGUACCUUAGCUUAGUAAGCGUUAAAAACAAAAAAUAAAAGAACAGAAAAAAAGGAAAGAAAUCUGAAAUCAAAUGUGAGGGAUUUGAAGGGGGAGGAUUCACCGUUGCAGUGUCGAAUUUAUCGUCCUCUGAAUUAAACUUGUAUGGUUAUUAUUAUUAAUAUUUAUAUUAAAUAAGAAAAAUAAAUACCCUUCAUCACCUCUUGCCAGAUAUCUACUGUGUAUAUUCUUUCAAAAUCCCCCAACUCAAUGAAAUUCUUCCCGUCUCUGAUGAAUAUUUCUUACGAAGUUUUAAUGGCGGAAACGUAGCGCUGCAAUCAGAGAUAAGAAACAAUCAAUCUCCACAGACUAGGGUUCUCGAUCCUUGGACGAAAUGCCCAUUACGAGAUACCAGAUAAGGAACGAGUACAGCUUAGCGGAUCCGGAGCUUUACAAAGCUGCUGAUAAAGAUGAUCCCGAAGCGUUACUUGAAGGUGUCGCCAUGGCUGGACUCGUUGGCGUCUUGCGUCAGCUCGGAGACCUCGCCGAGUUUGCAGCAGAGAUAUUCCAUGAUUUACAUGAAGAAGUGUUGGCUACUGCUGCUAGAGGCCAUGGGCUGAUGAUUCGUGUGCAACAAUUAGAGGCUGAAGUUCCACCAAUUGAGAAAGCACUUCUCUCCCAGACCAAUCAUUCAUUAUUCCUUUUCAAUACAGGUGUCGACUGGCAUCCUAAUCUUCAAAUGGACCAAAAUCUUGUGAGUCGGGGAGAUUUACCUCGAUUUGUAAUGGACUCUUAUGAAGAAUGUCGGGGUCCACCUCGGUUAUUCCUGUUGGACAAGUUUGAUGUUGCAGGUGCUGGGGCAUGUUUAAAGCGAUUCUCUGAUCCAUCAUUCUUCAAAAUAAAACUAACCUCUUCUGAAUCCAACAAAGUAGAAAUUCAAAGGGAAAAGAAAGUACGGAAAGUCAAGAGAAAAGGAUCACGCUGGAGGAAUGGAGAGACACAAGAGGCUUUCCCAGCUUCUGAUUCCAAGUUGCAUCAGUUGUUCUCAGAGGAGAAUAACCAGACUGAGAAUAAUGUCCCUGGAUAUCGCAUGAAAUUGAAGAAGAGGCAAUUGAAUGCAUUUCCUUUUGACUCAACAACUGGGAAAAGCUACAUGGAGAGAUUUGUGGAGAGUCUUUCACCCAAGCACAAAAUUGUCUGUGAAAGUUCUCUAACCUCUGCUAACUUGAAGACAACAUCCAGAGAUGCCAGUGCAUUGGGUUCCGAUAUACAUGAAAUUAGUACAGAAAACCCUGAUAAAAACAUAUUACAGCAGAGGAAAACAAGCAUAGUUGUAUCUCCCAGUAAACAGGAAAAGGUAUUAGAACCAUCCAUGGAGGAGUUGCAUGAGGAUGCUGUUGAGGGAUUAAAAAAGUCACCUGAACAAAUCCCAAAUAACGAGGUUGAGAAAAUUCCAUCCACCUUUUAUAAACCUCACAACCAAGGGGAAUCAACAGAGAAUCAAAAGGAAUCAGCAGUCAAUGUGGAAAGGAAGCUAGAAGCCAGUGGUGAUGGUUAUCAGUCCGACGGCAACACCAGUGAGGUGGAAAAUUAUAUGGAUGCCCUUGCUACCAUGGAAUCAGAAAUAGAAACUGAUACUGAGAGUAAAACCAAGAAUGAUAGAGGCUUUGUUAAUAUUGAAAGGCAGGGAGUAUAUUCUGAUACUAACAAGGAAGAACUGGAGCUUCAAGCCCAAUUUUUGGACUCUCAUUCUGGUGAUGAAUCUAGUGUUUCAGAUGAUGGGAAUAUUUCAUUUGAGAAAGGAGGAUCUAAUUUUUCCAAUUCAGAUACUCUAAGUAGUUGUGCUGAGACUGCACCGUCAGAUGGUGAUAUAGCAGCCAAAGUGUACCCAUCUAUCGAGACAUGCCUGGAUAAACCUGAGGACGUGUCUUCCAAAAAGCUAAAUGGAGAUGGUUUUGCAACUAAAUCUUCAGAUGACAUGAUCCCAGGUGGUUGUUGCAUUAAGGAAUUGAAGGAUCCAAGUCACAGGCCUGAGUUUGGGCAAACAUCUUCCAAGUUCUCUAUCACAGAAUCAACUACUCAUUUCCAGUUAAGUUCUGACAUCAGUUUGAAUGAGUUUCACUUGCAGGGACAAGAAUCAGUUGAGAUCUCCUCUGUCUCUGUGAAAUCUUGUACUGGAGGUUCAUCCUCAAUUAUGGAAGAUGAUGGGAAAAUAUUAAGCGUGGAUUUAUCCUGUCCAAUUAGUGCCUCGGAUUUCUCUUCUCAGAUGAAGGAUGAUAGUCUCCUUAAGGGGCCUAUGAAAACCCAGCCUGAGGAAUUGGAUGGUGUGAAGGAUGACUUUCUUGGUACUGUGUCUGCCAAAAGCCAACAUUUGGAAGUAUUGGAUGGUGGGGCCUUGGAUAGAUCUUCUGAUGCUUUGCCACAGCUGUAUAGCAUUUCAAACCUAGCUCCUGAAAAGGAAGAAAGUGGUACUGACUUUGAAGAAGUGCCUCCCACAGAAUAUCCUGAGGAUGUUUCUAGUGAAAACUUUGGUUCACCACAUUCUGUUGUUUUGCCUACAGUGCAGGUCCAUGGCUUGGAAGAACAAAACCUGGAAGCUUGUUCAGGUACCACACAAGCUGAACUUUUUCCUCCCACCAAUGCUGGUGGUCUAGAAGAUGUGAAUCCUGAUAACAAGGUUGUGGAAACAGAUAUCAUUGUUUUAUCAACAGAAAGAAACUCAAGAUAUUGUGAAGAUGGUUCUAUUGAAAGCUCUUCUUUACCACAUGUAGUCAUCUUGCCUACAAAAGAACAUCUUGAAGGCCUGACAGGAGGUCUUGAAGCAUGUGAAUGUUUUACAGCAGCUGAACAUCCAUGUAGUACACCUGAACAUAUGCCUACCUCUGUCUCUGCUGGUGAUGUGGAUGAUGUAAAGCCUGAUACAGAUAGGGAUAUCCUUCUUCCAAUAGGAGUGAACUCAGAAAGCUUGACACCAGAGUUCAAUAUUCGAAGGACUAAUGAGUUUGCUGAAGACAAUGUUUCAGGAAGAACAAAUGAGGUUCCACCACGUGAAUUAACUUGUGAAGAAAAUUGUGAGCAUUCUGAAGUGAAAAUGUCUUCCAACAAUAUGGAAGUACUAUCUAAUGCAUCUGAUAUCAUGUUAAAGAAUGAACCCAAAGUUGAUGUCCCAGGAAGUAUCAAUGAGUUUCCAACAUUUGAUUUGGAUGAGGAGAAAAAUGACACUGAGCAUUCUGAACUGAAAACACCUUCCAAUAAACAGGAAGUACCAUCUGAUAUAUCUCAUGUCGAGGUAACAGAUGAAUCUAAACCUGAUAUGGUCCAUAUGAAUCCCUGUGAUUUUAUGGGAACUUCUCUCUCUCUUGAAAUUUCAUCCAUAUGUAAGGUACCUGAUUCUCCAAAACCAGUAUUGAUGGCUGAGACUCAUUUGCAGUUAGAUGAGAAAGUAACUGAAACUGUUAAUGCAGAGGCUGAUGAUUACAAUGAUGCCUCUGCUCACCCAUACCUGAUAGGUUCUCCAUCCUUUGGUCAAAUAAAGUUGCAAGAAGAGUAUCUUUUCAAUGGUAAUUCAGAAUUGUCUAAAUUGGAAAUGUCUGAGGCACAUACUCCAGAGCAUAUUUUACCUACAGAUGAUCAAAAAGAAGUGAAUCAACUAGAAUUGUCCACUGAAAAUUUGAAUGAACAGCCUAAACUGGAGUCACAUGAUUCUUCCAGCUCUAAAUUACUUCAGAGUUCAUAUGAUUCAUUGGAAUUGCAUGAUCCUCCCACUUCUGAAUUACUUGAGAAUAUUCAUGACUGUUCACUGCAGUUUGAACAUGCUCCAAGCCAUUUGAGCCAUUUGCAUCUCAGUGAUGGUCUCUGGGUUCCUAAAUCUUCUGAUGAAACAAAUCAAGAAUGGGAAUCAAAAUCCACCUACCAAACAGAUUUUUCUGAAAAUGCAAAAGAUGCUGUCUCUUCACCCACUCAUUUGCUACAAGAAUCUGGGUUCCCUUCAGAACAAGUGUUGGAAUUACAGGCUGAUAAACCCAAUAUAGAGUCUUGUCAUGAUGAUGAAGAGAGUUCAAAAUUGUCUGAUCUUCAGUGUGAACAAAUGCGACCUCCAGAUCAUAUUGAUCAGAAUGGCCGCUUUACUGCAUCUGAGUCUUCUUGGGUGGCCAGUCAACAAUGUGAGGCAAUGUUAUCACCAAAGCCUGAUAGCCAAAGCUUUGGUAUAUCUGUGCGAGACAUGGACCAAUUCCCUAGCUUUGACAUUCUCCCUGGAGCAACCCACCAGAAACUUUUGGAACAACAGCCAACAGGACCAGCAAUUGAUUUGCCAGUUUUAGAUCCUAAUGCACUACAGGCUGAAUUGGAGAUGCCACCGCUACCACCUCUUCCUCCUAUACAGUGGAGGAUGGGCAAGCUUCAAAAUGGUUCCUUAACUUCAGAGCGUGCAAUGGUGCAAUCUAGUCUGAACCCAUUCUUACCACUUCUAUCAGCCACAUCUGAUGAGAAGGCUAAGCAGGGUUUGUCAACAUUUGAGAGAGAAACAACACCGCCUACAAACUCAUUAUCACUACCUUCAGCCUGUGAAGAUGAGAAACCUCAACAUGAUAGUGAAACAUUUGGGGGAAAAAUCUUGAAUUCUAGUCUGAAUCCGUUCUUGCCACAACCACCAGUGAUGGUGGAUGAUGAAAAUAGUGAGCAUUGUUUCCAAACUUGUGUGGGAGAAAUGCCAAAUCUGAACCCUUUCUUUCCAUCACCACCUCCAGAAGAUGAGAAGCCCCAACACAGUACCCUUGCUUCAGGGGAAGAAACCAUGCAGCCUAGUUUGAACCAAUUCACAUCGCUACAAUCAACCAUCAAAGAUAUGAAUUCUAGGCAUGCUUUUAUGUCUUUGCAGGGAGAGUCAGUGGAGCCUCUGAGCCUUCUGGCACCAAAGCCAAAUAUAGAAGAUGAGAUGCUUCAACAAAGUUCCCUCUCUCCAGAGAGAGGAAUAACACAGCAUUUAGAUUUAUCUGUACUGCCAAUGACUGUACAAGCUGAGAAGCCUCCACAUCCUUCGCUUAGUUCAGAGGGAGAGGUAAUGUGGCCGAUGGGCACAUUUGAACAGCUCCCAAAUGUUGAGGAUGGAAGGGCGAAUGGAAAAAUUCAGAUAAAACAACCUCGGCCUAGAGAUCCUCUUAUUGAAGCUGUGGCCUCUCAUGACAAAAGCACGUUGAGAAAAGUGGAAGAAUGGAUUCGGCCUCUGGUUGGACCAAGGAAGGAUGAAAGGGAUUCAUUGCUAGAACAGAUAAGAGCUAAGUCUUUUAACCUGAAACCUGUGGUUACAACAAGGCCCAUCAUUCAGAGAUCCAAAACCAACUUGAAUGUUGUUGCCAUUUUAGAGAAAGCAAAUGCCAUGCGCCAGGCAUUGGUCGGGAGUGAUGAAGAUGAUGGUGACAGUUGGAGUGAUUCUUGAAAACCAUUCGUUUUCCUGGAAUGUCGGGACUGCCAUCAUACUCAGCAGAUUGAUCGUUAUACUCUCCCCUUGAAUUAGUAGAUGGAGGUUACCAGCUGCACCAAAAUGUCAACUCUUAUCUGUAUCCAUGUAUUAUAUGUUUUUUCUUUUUCUUUUUUUUUUUUUUAUGCCAUUGAAAAUGUAUUCAAUAGUUAAGGUUGCAUCUUACCCACAACUAAAAAGAAAAAAAAAAAAAGGAAAUCAGUGGGAUUGGAUAACGUAUGUAUGCAUCAACUCCGAGUCUCAGCGUGUAAGCGCCAUUUCAAUUUCUAUACGUAUAUAGCAUCAAAAGCUUGAUAUCAA